UGUCUCGCGGAGCCUCGUGCUGGUUUGAUCAGUUUCUCGCUCACAGUCUCGUUCUGUAACAGAAGCCCCCCCACAUUCUGUGUCGGUUAAUUUCAUUCCCAGGAUCUUUAUUUAUAUUCUCUCCAUAACUUUUAUUUCGAAUCGGAACCGGGAGCGGAACCCGGAUUCGGUCCGGUGUUUGGGGGGAAUGAACUGGGACACGGGUACAUUGUUAUAAAUAAUUGUAUUUAUAUUCAAUGCUAUUGAGAGCUUGGUAGAGACUGACUCGCUGUGAAAGAGAGAGGGAUAUCAUGGCCGCUCAGGUCGCCAGCGCCGCCACUCUCAACACUAGCCCGCCUUCCGAACUAAAAAAGCCAGAUCGGGACCCCCAGGAGGAGUCGGUACCGGGGGAGAAGCAGCAUGAAAAUAAGGAACCGGGACCGGAGAGCGGAUCUCCGGGUCAGAAGGAGCUGCAGGACGGGGCCGAUGUUGGAAAUGCAGGGGGAGGAGGCGAUCCUGAGUUGAAGAACGGGAACGGUAAUUCGUCCAGACUGAAUAACAAUAAUAAUCAGAAUGAUUCAGGGGGGCCCGAAGGCAAUAACCAUCCCGGGAUGGCACACCACCACCCCGCCGGUUUUCCACCACCUCCAUACGGAUACAGUCAGCACUACAGCCGGGCCCCUUUUCAUCAACAUGGCGGACAACAAAGCCCUGGCAUGGCAGCUGCGGCGGGGCCGGCAGUGCAGCCGGGUAGCAUGAUGGACUCGUACCAGCCCAAUUCCCACGACCACGGCUUCCCUAACCAUCAAUUUAACAACUACAACCCUUUCCCGAACCGGACUCCUUACCCAGGCCAAGGGUACGCCAUGAAUUCCCCGCGAAAUAACCAGCCUCCGGCGGCUGGGGGGCAGCUAGGCAAGCAACAGCCAGCGGGAGGGACUACAGCUAUGGCCGCCACUUACAAUAAUCAGAGGUAUAACAUGGGAAACCCUCAACCCACUUCCACCCCGACCCUAAACCAGCUCCUGACCUCUCCCAGCUCUACGAGGGGCUAUCAAAACUACCCACCAAACGAUUACAACAACCAAGAAGGGGCUAACAAGGGACCAGCAGACAUGGGCAGCAGCAGCCAGUAUGGUGGGGGCCACCCGGGUUGGCAACAAAGGACCCAUCACCCGCCUCCAAUGAGCCCAGGAAAUAGCGGACAACCGCUGAGUCGAAAUCAGCCCUCCAGUCCCAUGGAGCAGAUGGGGAAGAUGCGGGUCCCUCCGUACGGAGCUGCUAACCCGUACUCCCAGCAGCAGCAGCAGCAGCAGGGACCUCCCCCAGGGGGCCAGCAAGGGGCCUCGUACCCAGGCCAGGGCUACGGCCCGCCCACCCCGCAGAGAUACCCAAUGGGCAUGCAGGGCCGCACGGCGGCGGGCAUGGGGGGCAUUCCUUACAGUCAGCAGAUGAACGCUUACGGGCAGCAGAGCCAGGCGUCCUACUACAGCCAGCAGGCCCAGCCCCCCCACGCCGGCCCCCAGGCCUCCCCCUACCCCCAGCAGGCCCAGAGCCAGCCCGGGGGCCAGGGGCCCUACCCGCAGCACGGCCAGCCCGGGGGCCCCUACCCGCAGUCGCAGGGCCCGCAGGGGCCCCCCCAGGGCCAGCCGCCCUACUCGCAGUCCCAGCCGCCGUACGGGCAGCAGCAGGUCCCGCCCCCCCAGCAGCAGCAGCAGCAGCAGCCGCAGCCGCAGCCGCAGCCGCAGCCGGGCUCUCAGGCCCAGCCGGGCCCCCAGACGCAGCCCAGCUACCCUCCCACAGCUCAGGGCCCCCCCCAGCAGCAGCAGCAGCAGCAGCAGCAAGCACAGCAGCAAGCGCAGCAGCAAGUGCAGCAGCAGCAGCAGCAGCAGCAGCCCCCGGCCUCCCAGCAGCAGCAACAGCCCCCGCAGGCCUCGCCCCAAACGGCCGCGCCCCCUCCGCAGUCCCAGCAGCCCCAGGGACACGCCCCGCCUCCGCAGAGCCAGCCCACGCCCUAUUCGCAGACUCCGCCCCUGCCGCAGCCUGCGCAGCCUCCGCAGCCUCCGCAGCAGCAGCAGCAGCAGCAGCAGCAGUCUCCGUUCCAGCGCUUCCCCCCUCCUCCUCAGGAGCUGUCCCAGGACUCGUUCAGCUCGCAGUCCAGCGCUCCGCCUUCCAGCCAGCCCAUGGCUUCCAGCAAGAGCGGCCCUGAGGACGGGCUGCAGGGCCGGCCUUCCAGCCUCCCUGAUCUGUCGGGCUCUAUCGAUGACCUGCCCACGGGCACAGAGGGCGCUCUGAGCCCGGGCGUGAGCACCUCGGGCGUGUCCAGCAGCCAGGGCGAGCAGAGCAACCCGGCGCAGUCGCCCUUCUCGCCCCACACCUCGCCCCACCUCCCGGGCAUCCGCGGGCCCUCGCCCUCGCCCGUGGGGUCCCCCGCCAGCGUCACGCAGUCCCGCUCGGGCCCGCUGUCCCCCAACGCCGUGCCAGGAAACCAGAUGCCCCCCAGGCCCCCGAGCGUGCAGUCGGACGGAGUCCUGCACACGUCCAUGAGCCAGUCCGCCAUGGGCCAGGACCGAGUGUUCAUGCGUAACCCUCAGAUGACCCCGUACGGCUCCCCCCAGCCUGGCUCCGCCUUAUCUCCUCGCCAGUCCUCAGGAGGCCAGAUGCAUGCUGGGAUGGGGCCUUAUCAGCAGAACAACUCCAUGGGCAACUACGGGCCCCAGGCCGGCCAGUACGGGCCCCAAGGGUACCCCCGGCAGCCCAGCUACAGCAGCAUGCCCAACGCCAGCUACCCCGGGCCGGGCAUGGCCGGCGCCAUGAACCCCAUGUCCGGGCAGGCAGGGGGGCCGCCGUACUCCGGGAUGCCCCCGGGCCGGAUGGGGCCCGGUCAGAUGGGCGCGCGCCCCUACGGGCCCAACAUGGGCCCCAACAUGGGGCCGAACAUGGGCCCCAACAUGGGCAACAUGCCCCCUCAGGUGGGCUCGGGGAUGUGCCCUCCCCCGGGCAGCAUGAGCAGGAAGGCCCAGGAGGCCGCCGCCGCCGCCAUGCAGCACGCCUCCACCAACUCCAUGCACAGCAGGCCUCCUGGGUACCCGAUGGCGCAGGGCAUGAUGGGAGCUGGCGCCCCCUAUGCGCCAACCAUGAACAGCAUGCCAGGCAUGAUGACCCCGCAGGGAGGGCCUUACCCCAUGGCCAACAACACUGCGGGCAUGUGUCCAGGUCCGGAGUUCGCCCAGGACGUGAAAUUAAACCUGGCCCAAAAGAUGAACAACAAAACAGACGGGACCCCCAAACCCGAAUCCAAAAAGAAGUCCAACUCUUCCACCACCACCAACGAGAAGAUCACGCGCCUGUACGAGCUGGGCCCCGAGCCGGAGAGGAAGAUGUGGGUGGACCGCUACCUGGCCUUCGCCGAGGAGAAAGCCAUGGGCAUGACCAACCUGCCCGCCGUGGGCCGCAAGCCGCUCGACCUCUUCCGCCUCUACGUGUCCGUCAAGGAGAUCGGCGGCCUCACGCAGGUCAACAAGAACAAGAAGUGGCGGGAGCUGGCGACCAACCUGAACGUGGGCACGUCCAGCAGCGCGGCCAGCUCGCUCAAGAAGCAGUACAUCCAGUGUCUGUACGCCUUCGAGUGCAAGAUCGAGCGCGGCGAGGACCCGCCCCCCGACAUCUUCACCACCGACGCCAAAAAGAACCAGCCCAAGGUCCAGCCCCCGUCCCCGGCGGGAUCUGGGUCUCUGCAAGGGCCCCAGACCCCCCAGUCCACCACCAGCUCCAUGGCUGAGGGGGGGGACCUGAAACCCCCCACCCCGGCUUCCACCCCACACAGCCAGAUGCCCCCCAUGCCUGGGGUCAGGAACAGUGUGGUGAGUCUGCAGGACCCCUUUGCUGACGGCAGUGACCCCGCCUUCCCCAGGAGGAACUCCAUGACCCCCAACUCGGGCUACCAGCCCGGGAUGGGCACCCCGGACACCAUGGGGCGCAUGGGCCCCUACGAGCCCAACAAGGACCCCUUCAGCGCCAUGCGGAAAGCGGGGGAGCAGUUCAUGCCCCCCGGCCAGGGCUCCAGCGGCGGGAUGGGGGACCAGUACAGCCGCGGGCCGCCGGGCGCCAUCGGCACCAUGCCGCUCGGACAGAGGCCGCAGUACCCCUACGGACCAGGCUACGACCGGAGGCAGGAGCCCGGGAUGGGCCCGGACGGCACCAUGGGCCCCGGAGCGCCGCAGCCCAACAUGAUGCCCUCCAGCGCCGACACGGGGAUGUACUCGCCAAACCGCUGCCCCCCACAGCAACAGAGGCACGAUUCCUAUGGUAAUCAGUACCCUGGCCAAGGAGCUCCCCCUGGUGGCCCAUACCCCAAUCAGCAGUCUGGAAUGUACCCACAACAACAGUCUAACUACAAGCGGCCAGUAGAUGGCGGCUACGGUCCUCCGGCGAAGCGGCACGAGGGCGAGAUGUACAACGUGCCCUUCAGCGGGCAGCAGCAGGCCCCCCCGCCGACCGCCCCCCAGGCCCAGCAGGACAUGUACAACCAGUACGGCGCCUACCCCAGCUCGGACCGCCGGCCCGCCGGCCCCCAGGGCCAGUUCCCCUUCCCCUUCGGGCGGGACCGGCCCCAGAGCUCCGGGGGCCACAACGCCCAGCCCUCCAUGCCCCCGCAGAUGAUGGGCAGCCCCAUGCAGUCGGCCCCCGAGGGGCCCCAGGGCGGCAUGUGGCAGGGCCGCAGCGAGAUGGGCUACCCGGGCUACCCCAACAGGCAGGGCCCGGGCGUGGCCGCCCAGGGGCCCGGCUACCACGGCAUGAGCCGCUCCGAGGAGAUGAUGCCGGCCGACCAGCGCAUGAACCACGAGGGCCAGUGGCCGGGCCACCUGGGCCAGCGGCAGCCGCCCUACGGGCCGGCGGGCCCGGCUCCGCCCAUGACCCGCCCCCUGCAGCCCAGCUACCAGUCCCCGCAGUCCAUGCAGAACCACAUUCCGCAGGUGUCCAGCCCCGCCCCCAUGCCCCGCCCCAUGGAGAGCCGCACGUCGCCCAGCAAGUCGCCCUACAUGCACUCGGGCAUCAAGAUGCAGAAGGCGGGGCCCCCCGUGCCGGCCUCGCACAUCGCCCAGGCGCCCGUGCAGUCGCCGCUCAUCCGCCGCGACGUGGCCUUCCCGCCGGGCUCCGUGGAGGCCACCCAGCCCGUCCUCAAGCCCCGCCGACGCCUCACCAUGAAGGACAUCGGGGCGCCCGAGGCCUGGAGGGUGAUGAUGUCGCUGAAGUCGGGCCUCCUGGCCGAGAGCACCUGGGCUCUGGACACCAUCAACAUCCUGCUGUACGACGACAGCAGCAUUUCCACCUUCAGCCUCUGCCAGCUGCCCGGCUUCCUGGAGCUGGUGGUGGAGUACUUCCGCCGCUGCCUCAUCGAGAUCUUCGGCAUCCUGAAGGAGUACGAGGUGGGCGACCCCGGCCAGAGGACCCUGCUGGACCCCAACGCCCUGGACCGGGCGGACGAGGACGAGCAGGACGAGCCGGAGGUGGAGGACAUGGACGAGGACGAGGAGGAGGAUGAGGAGGAGGACGAGGAUCAGAGCGAGGGCCCCGAGCAGCAGCAGCAGCAGCAGCAGAGGACGCCGGCGACCGCGCCUCAGACGGCGGUGAAGAAGGAGGGCGGGGACGAGACGCAGGGCGAGAGCGGCGAGGAGAAGGCGGUGCCGAAGAAAGAGGAGGAGGAGGAGGAGGAGGAGGAGAAGGAGGCGGGGUCAGAGCCCAGCUCGGCAGGCCCCUCCCAGGACCCGGGGACCCCCCAGGAGAAGCCCAAGCAGGCCAGCAAGUUCGACAAGCUCCCCAUCAAGGUGGUGCGGAAGAAGGACCCCUUCGUGGUGGGCUGCUCCGGCAAGCUGGGCCGGCCGCAGGAGUUCGACAGCGGCCUGGUCCACUGGAGCAUCGGCGGGGGGGACACCACCGAGCACAUCCAGACCCACUUCGAGAGCCGGGCCGACCUGCUGCAGGCCCGCCAGCGGCCGCCCGCCGCCCCACCCGCCCGGAAGAAGGCCCCCGCCGCCGAGGCCGAGACGGAAGGCGCCGAGAAGGCCGGCGCCGCCAGCGCCGAGAAGAAGGAGGAGGAGGAGGAGGAGGAGGAGAAGGCCGCCCCCCGGGCCCCCGACCCCCCGCCGCCGGAGACGGGCGCGGCGGGCGCCGGCCUCACGGCCACCGUGGACGACGUGCUGUCGGCCCGCCCCGGAUCGGUCACCGAGGAGGCGGUGCGCGGCUCGGCGGCCGACGGCUUCCAGGAGAACGGCAAGUUCCUGUUCGGCAUCGGCCCGGCGGCGCAGAGCCGGCGCAACAUCAAGAUCCUGGAGGACGAGCCGCACAGCAAGGACGAGGCGCCGCUCAGCACGCUGUCCGACUGGCAGGACGCGCUGGCCCGCCGCUGCGUCUGCGUCUCCAACAUCGUGCGCAGCCUGUCCUUCGUCCCCGGCAACGACCCCGAGAUGUCCAAGCACCCGGGCCUCCUGCUGCUCCUGGGCCGCCUCAUCCUGCUGCACCACCGGCACCCCGAGCGCAAGCAGGCCCCGCUCACCUACGAGAAGGAGGAGGAGGAGGAGCGGGGCGUGGCCGGCCACAGGGACGAGUGGUGGUGGGACUGCCUGGAGCUCCUGCGCGAGAACAGCCUGGUCACCCUGGCCAACAUCUCGGGCCAGCUGGACCUGUCCAUCUACCCCGAGAGCAUCUGCCUCCCCCUGCUGGACGGGCUGCUGCACUGGGCCGUCUGCCCCUCCGCCGAGGCCCUGGACCCCUUCCCCACGCUGGGGGCCAACGGCUCGCUCUCGCCCCAGAGACUGGUCCUGGAGACCCUGAGCAAGCUGAGCAUCCAGGACAACAACGUGGACCUCAUCCUGGCCACGCCGCCCUUCAGCCGGCUGGAGAAGCUGUACGGCACGCUGGUGCGGCUGGUGGGCGAGCGCAAGGUGCCGGUGUGCCGCGAGAUGGCCGUGGUGCUGCUGGCCAACCUGGCGCAGGGCGACAGCCUGGCGGCGCGCGCCAUCGCCGUGCAGAAGGGCAGCGUGGGCAACCUGCUGGGCUUCCUGGAGGACAGCCUGGCCGCCACGCAGUUCCAGCAGAGCCAGAGCUCCCUGCUGCACCUGCAGGCGCACUUUGAGCCCACCAGCGUGGACAUGAUGCGGCGGGCGGCGCGCGCCCUGCACGCCAUGGCCAAGGUGGAGGAGAACCACUCGGAGUUCACGCUGUACGAGUCGCGGCUACUGGACAUUUCCGUGUCCCCCCUCAUGAACUCGCUGGUGUCCCACGUGAUCUGUGACGUACUCUACCUGAUCGGCCAGUCAUGACAGCCGGGGGGGACGCCUCGGCCGCUCUCCGUUCCCGCGCCCGCCGCCCCGCCCUCCCCGCCCCCGGCCCCGCCCCCUCCCGUUUUCUUUGCGCGCCCGCCGUCGCGCGCGAGUGGAGGAAGCUAAGAGCAAAACCGACUGUUUUUUGUCCUUUUUUUUUUAUUUAUGCAAAAAACACCUCUUGAUUCCACUGUCCGACCCCCCCUUUCGCCCCUGCUUCUCACUAAAGGAAGGAUCUCAUGAAGGAGCGAUGGAUCUAAGACAAACAGGGGGGGAGGGGGUUAAAAAAACGAAUGAUAAAAACAAACGACGAGAAAAGGAAGCGGGGAAAAAAGAAAACGGUGAAAACUAGCGUGGAUAAAGACGAACGGAUCGGGGGCGCCGGCCUUGGGGAGUGUGCUGCCUAACGGGAAGGACUUUUUUAAUAAAAAUGAAAAAAUUAAUGAAAAAAAAAACACAAAAAAAAUAGAAAAACAAAAACUGUAACCAAAGUUGCUGUCUCGUUUACAGUGAGUUUGGGGGAUACGUGCGCCCCCCCCUCUCCUCGUGGGGGGGGGGGGGAGGGGCCGCACGGAGAAUACAAUUUUAUGGUUCAUAUUUGGAGGCUAACCAGACUUCUGGACUCUUGUGUGGUAUAAUUGCUGUAACUUGGAUGCUCUAUAUUCUGCCCUACAAGAACCAGGUUAUCGGCUGUGAACAGAUGUCUUUAAAUGGGAGGCCCGUGCAGUAGAUUGUAGGACUUUUUUCUGUACUGUACACCUUAAACAAAACUGUAACCAUACUGUAAUAAUACUGUUUCACACUGAGAAACGCUGGCUCCGCAGCAGAAUUGUAGUUUUUAAAAAUGUUUUUAGUUAAUGUUGAAGAGAGAAAAAAAAGGCUUUCCCCCCAAAGUAUUGUGGACCUACAACACCCUGACCUCUUCUCUUUAACCCUCGAUUGUAUGAAUUGACCCUUAAAGACAUCACCUCUUAGGACUGGUUCUCAACUUUAGACGCAGUCUCGGCUGCAGUGUAUAUAUGACAUUGUACAUUACACUCUCUUUCGCUCUCUCGCUCCUUCUCAAAACUUCUGAAGCUCCUCACCCUUUUUAUCUUUAAUCAUUCAAAGGUUACUACACGACUUCACUUCCAUGCAUCGAAGCCCCGCCCUGCAUCGAGCCCCGCCCCACGAUAAUUUAACCCCUCCUCCCUCCCUGCGCCAGCCCCUCCCCCUCCUCCCACCCCCCUGCCGGUGAGAUGCGCAGCUGGAGCUGUGUGCGCAGACAGCUGCUGUCCCCCCCUCCACUCAGGCAGAUCACGUUUUUCGUUCCCUUCAGAUAAAGGUGUGGAGAACAAGACUAAAGAAAAACCUCUUCCAAGUUCGAUUUCAGCUCCUUAUACGACGAAACAAAAACCCAGAUGAAGAAACACAAAUUGAGAUUUUUUUUUUUUUUUUCCAGUGAUAUGGAUUCUGCAUAUUUGUAUUUCAGACGAUGUAGCUAAAAAAACUUGAUGUAAAUUCCUCUUUUUUUCCUUUUUUGGCUUAAUGAAUAUCAUUUAUUCAGUAUGAAAUCUUUAUACUAUAUGUUCCACGUGUUAAGAAUAAAUGUACAUUAAAUCUUCGUAAGACGUU